AUGGCAACUUUAACGAACGGACAGGUGGACGGCACGGUGCACGGAGGAGCAGCCAGUACGAACGGGCUCGUGAACGGAAUAAGCCACAGCCACAGUCCUGCGAGCUGCGCCACCAUUCCCAUGAAAGACCACGAUGCCAUCAAACUAUUCAUCGGACAGAUACCUCGCAAUCUGGACGAGAAGGAUCUCCGACCGCUCUUCGAGGAAUUCGGCAAAAUCUACGAGCUCACCGUGCUCAAAGACCGCUUCACAGGCAUGCACAAAGGCUGUGCCUUCCUUACAUACUGUGCCAGAGAGUCAGCCCUGAAAGCUCAGACUGCCCUUCACGAGCAGAAGACACUGCCUGGGAUGAACAGACCGAUCCAGGUGAAGCCAGCAGACAGUGAGAGCAGAGGAGAAGAUAGAAAACUCUUUGUGGGCAUGUUAAACAAACAGCAAUGCGAGGACGAUGUGCGACGCCUUUUUGAGUCCUUCGGCAGUAUUGAGGAGUGCACCAUUCUCAGAGGGCCUGAUGGAAACAGCAAAGGCUGUGCUUUUGUGAAGUACUCUUCUCAUGCUGAAGCCCAAGCCGCAAUCAGUGCACUACACGGCAGCCAAACCAUGCCCGGCGCCUCCUCCAGUCUGGUUGUGAAGUUUGCAGACACAGAUAAGGAGCGCACUAUCCGGCGCAUGCAGCAGAUGGCUGGUCAGAUGGGCAUCUUCAACCCCAUGGCCUUGCAGUUUGGAGCUUAUGGAGCUUACGCACAGGUGCAGCAGCAGGCAGCAUUGAUGGCAUCAGUGGGGCAGGGUGGGUACCUCAGUCCUAUGGCAGCGUUUGCUGCUGCUCAGAUGCAGCACAUGGCCACCAUCAACGGCCUGCCGGGAGCUCCCAUGACCCCCACGUCAGGAGGAAGUACGCCCCCAGGCAUCACUGCUCCCACGGUGACCAGUAUCCCCUCACCAAUCAGUGUGAACGGAUUCACAGGACUGCCCCCUCCUCAAGCCAAUGGCCAACCACCCGCAGAGGCUGUCUUCACCAACGGAAUCCAUCCCUACCCAGUUUUACAGGAGGUGGUUUUUAGGGAGGACUCGGAGAAGGGCGGAUUGGGCGUGGCUCAACGGAGUUGUUUUGGUGUUCAGGGAGGCUGCUUCCUCUCCUCUCUCUCUGAAGCCCAGAGUCCCACCGCAGCUGAUCCCCUGCAACAGGCUUACGCUGGCGUCCAACAAUAUGCAGCCUACCCAGCUGCAUAUGGACAGAUCAGCCAGGCGUUUCCCCAACCUCCUCCCAUCAUUCCCCAACAGCAGAGAGAAGGACCAGAAGGUUGCAACCUGUUCAUAUACCACCUCCCUCAGGAGUUUGGGGAUGGAGAGCUGAUGCAGAUGUUCCUGCCAUUCGGUAAUGUCAUCUCCUCCAAAGUGUUUGUGGAUCGGGCGACAAACCAAAGUAAAUGCUUUGGCUUUGUGAGCUUCGAUAAUCCAGGCAGCGCCCAAGCUGCCAUUCAGUCUAUGAACGGCUUUCAGAUCGGCAUGAAAAGACUCAAAGUGCAGCUGAAGAGGCCGAAAGAUGCCAACCGCCCAUAUUAG